CCUCCGGCCCCUGACUUCGCCUGAUAAAAACCAGAAACUGAAACAGGGUCGGGAUUCCCGGUGUGAAGUCAGAGAUGACUCACAGCUCGGAGGGACUGUAGUAGCGCAGAAGUGGCACCAGAGAGGCAGACGUGAGUUGAGGGCAGCGGAGGCGGGCAGCACGUCUGAGGGUCCUGCUGAAACAUGGCGAGCAGCACUGCGGUGGUGGCCAUCGACUGCGAGAUGGUGGGGCUGGGGCAUGGCCAGGGGAGCGGCUUGGCUCGCUGCAGCCUCGUGGACAUCAAUGGCACGGUGCUCUACGACAAGUUCAUCCGGCCUGAGGGGGAGAUCAUGGAUUACAGGACGAGGUUCAGCGGGAUCACACCUCGGAACAUGGAGGCGGCCACGCCAUUCGCCGUGGCCAAGCAAGAGAUCCUGCAGAUCCUGAGAGGCAAAUUGGUGGUGGGCCACGACCUGAAGCACGACUUCCAGGCGCUGAAGGAGGACAUGGUCAACUACUCUGUCCACGACACGUCCACUGACCAGGUGCUGCUGCGGCAGGCCAACCUGCUGUCCCAGAGGCAGGCCUCCCUCCGGCUGCUCAGCGAGGUUCUCCUCCACCGGCGCAUUCAGAGCAACCGCGCCGGACACAGCUCGGUGGAGGACGCCAGGGCUGCGAUGGAGCUCUACAAGCUCUCCCAGCGGCUUCGAGCCCGCUGAUGGCUGCCUGCUCGGCGAGAGGGGCUGGGGAUCUGUUCGGCCCUUUCCGUUGGAACGUCCCCAAUGUGGUCGUCUCUUCAAGACAGCAACCUCCUUGCUUUUGGAAAAUGUAUCUUUAGUAAUAAAAUAGCUCUAUAUUUUUUCUACUCCA